AUGAAGUAUCUUGUAUCUCUCGGAGCCCUUAUCGGUGCCGUCGCUGCACAGUCGCCCUUGUACGGACAAUGUGGUGGUCAGGGAUGGACCGGCGCGACGACAUGUGUCAGCGGCUCUGUAUGCACCGCUGCGAACCAGUGGUACAGCCAGUGUCUUCCUGGAACGGCCGCGCCUUCGGUUACAACGACGCUCGUUACGAAGACGACUUCUACCUCCAAGUCCACCGCCACAGCAACCUCUCCUCCUGUGAGCUCUCUCGGCUGGAAGUGGUUCGGUGUCAACGAGGCCGGUGGUGAAUUUGGAGAGAAGACGCUGCCUGGUGUUUGGGGCACGGAUUUCAUUUUCCCCGAUCCAUCUACGAUAACUACUCUUCGUGGCCAGGGCUAUAACACAUUCCGCGUCCAGUUCAAGAUGGAGCGCAUGACCCCCAACUCCCUGACGGCAGGCUUCAACACCGCGUACCUGGCAAACCUCACCACCGUCAUCAACCAUAUUACCUCCAGCGGAGGCUGGGCUGUCUUGGACCCCCACAACUACGGACGGUUCUACGACAACAUUAUCACCGAUACUGGUGCUUUCCAAACGUGGUGGAAGAACUUUGCCACCCAAUUCAAGAACAAUGAUCACGUUAUCUUCGAUACCAACAACGAGUAUAACACCAUGGACCAGACACUUGUACUCAACCUGAACCAGGCUGCAAUCAACGGUAUCCGUGCAGCAGGAGCAACCCAGUACAUUUUUGUCGAAGGAAACCAGUGGUCCGGUGCUUGGUCGUGGGUCACUGUGAACGACAACAUGAAGGCCCUCACCGACCCCCUGAACAAGAUCGUCUACGAAAUGCACCAGUACCUCGACUCAGACAGCUCCGGCACGUCAACAGCGUGUGUUUCAACUACUAUUGGCGUCGAAAGGGUCACUGCUGCCACAAAUUGGCUGCGUCAGAACGGCAAGAUCGGUAUCUUGGGCGAGUUCGCGGGCGGAGCCAACUCCCAGUGCCAGACCGCCGUCAAGGGCAUGCUUGACUACCUCAAGGCCAAUUCUGACGUAUGGACCGGGGCCCUUUGGUGGAGCAGUGGGCCCUGGUGGGGCGAUUAUAUCUAUAGUUUCGAGCCUCCCUAUGGCACUGGUUACACGUACUACAACUCCUUGCUGAAGGGGUAUGUUGCGUGA